AACGAUUUGAAUAGCAGCAAUAGCGGCAGAAACAGCAAGUAGGAAACCGCGACAACAACGGCCCAUUCACAUAUUAUUUAGCAAUCAACCGACAGAAUUUUCUCCAGUUUACCAAAGCAUGUUGACGAGUGCGGUUGAAAUAAAAAUCUGCCCAUUCUAUACCACAACAAUACCAAUUUCUUUAACGUGUGAAUAUCGUUUGGUCGUGCUUUAAAUAUUUUAGAUUUGUUAAUUGAAAGCAAGUUUUCGAAACCGCAGUGCAAUGAUUUAAAAAUAUAUCGCUAUAUUUCAUUUGGAAUGGUUAAGAAAUAGCAUUUUGAACAUUUUCGAUGCAAAUACAUUGAACUGAACGCUGAAUCGCUUAAUUUUUUUUUUAUUUCAAUUUCUUUUCGCGUGCUGCUAAAGAGUUACCAAUUUUUUUUUUGUUCUCUCAAUUUCCGAAUCAAGAAUAUCUCAAGUCAAGUGACACAGAUCAAAAGAAUACACAGAGACACAGCUUCUUGAAGUGUGCUAGCAAAGAUCAAGUAAAAAAAAAACAUGUGAAUCUAACCGAGUAUGCGAAGCAUUCAUAAUCUGUACAUAUAAUCAUCGAAUGAAUGAUGUUUAAUGAAUAGUAAUUUGUAGUGAUUAUAUCAUUGCUAUCUCUCGUCGGUUUGUUUUUUUUUCGUGGUAUUUUGUUAAAUACGUUUAAAAUUUAUUCAGUGUUGCAAACUCUUGCUAUCGUAGUGUCGAAUGUGCAAACUGACAAAGUGCUCUUAAAUAGAACAAUUAAGUAAAUAGCAUAAGUGUUGGUUUUAUAACGUAAAAAAAUCAUAUCAGGUCAAUCGAAAAGGAAAAUGGCCAAAUUACAGAAAACGACCACAUCUUUAAUCGGUUUAAUAGCAGCAUUUACAUUGGUCCGAGGACAGGAUUUUGGAUAUGAAGGGAAAAAAGGUCCAAGUCAUUGGGGUGAACAAUAUAACACAUGUUUUGGAAAAUUUCAAAGUCCAAUCGACAUCGAUUCAUUGACGGUGAAACAUGCCAAAUUACCUCCUCUAAAACUCAAUGACUCGAAUGUUCCACCAGAUCAAACAGUCAUAAAAAACAAUGGACAUACAGUGAUGGUGUCAAUUGAGGCCGAUCAACGACCAACAAUCACCGGUGGCCCAUUGGGUGGGACUUAUGAAUUUGCUCAGCUUCAUUUUCACUGGGGUGAAAAUGAUACAAUGGGUAGCGAAGACUCAAUCGAUGGUCACAGUUUUCCAAUGGAACUGCACAUGGUAUUUUACAAAAAACAAUAUCGAAAUAUUCGUUCAGCAAUGGAGAAUUCCGAUGGCUUGGCUGUGCUCGCAUUCUUUUUCAAUUUGGACGACAAAGAUAAUCCCAAUUAUAUUGAAAUAACGGAACUUUUGUCGAAUGUUUCGGAACCAGAAACGUCAGCACCGUUCACUCGUUUGAAUUCAAUUCAGGAUUUGAUAUUGAGCGAUCUCGAUGAGUAUUACACAUACCAUGGAUCGUUAACUACGCCACCGUGCAGUGAAGUUGUGACAUGGAUCGAUUUCAAACAAUCAAUUCCGCUGUCUCAUGCUCAGAUUGAGUUAUUUCGAACAAUACAAGACAACGAGGGACAUCAUUUAACGCAUAAUUUCCGGCCAAUUCAGCCAUUGGGAGGACGAGAUGUGUAUUUUGUUACAUCUUUUACGGGAGGAGAUAAUGAUAGCUAUGGAGAAUUUGAAAAGGAUGAUACACGCUUAGAGGAUCCACCACAAGAUUUAACACAAACAAAUUCGGAUUACAAACAAAGUACUUUAAUGGAAACAACAACAUAUCGAACGGUGACGAAUGACAAUGAAAUCGAUCGAAAACCAGUACACGAACAAGAUCACAAUGAACUGGUUGAACCAACCACAAUUGAUCACAGAAAUGUUCAUAAACCGGGUAGAAAUAUUGCAAGCGAUUGUCGAACGUCAACACUUUGGCUAAUUAUUAGCCUACAUUGCAUUGUCUCGAUCAUUUAUAGCGUGAACAUUUAUUGAGUUUAGUUUCAAUUUUUUUUUGUAUCUGUCACAAUUUAUUUGUAUUGGUGCAUUUAUCGAGUUUUUUAUUUUGAAACCAUUUUCCUCCCUUAUUUUGAUGUGACACUGUUCUCAUCUUAAAUUUUAAAAGCCAAACUAUGAACAAAAGCAGCCGUACUUAAAAUGCCAACGCUCAGAUUGUGUGAGUCGAAAAGGGAGCGCGCUAGAACAGUAUUGCAGAAGAAAUAAUAAAUUGGCUUGAUAAUAAGGUCUUCAUAUUUACACUUGAAAUGAAUCGCAUUUGAAGGAAAUGCUUCUUGGCUAGGGGAAUGACACGUUUAGUUUUAAUUCAAUUUCGAAUAUCUGCAGAUAUCUACAUCUAUUUAAAACAAAUUUCUGUGCAAAAUAUUGGCAAAUAUGAUAAAUACUGAAAAUUAUGGUAAAUCUUCGUAAAUACGAGUGAUCGAAAGAUUCAGAUCGAAAUGAUAGCCGAUCAUUUUGGAUUCAUUUUAAAUAUUUGCAAAAUUCAAAUAAAUAGUUGCAAAAAUCCAGACGGUGGGUGCAAGAGCAUUAUACCACUAGCGAUCGCAGUGAUAGUAAUGUGUAAAGCUUUGAUAGCAAACUUCUCAUAACUAAAAAGUAAAAGUUUUGUCCGUAAGAAGUCAUGGAAAUCCAUGAAAAAGGCAAAAAUAUCUGUUUUGUCGUUGUGGCGGACACCGAGGUGUCAGUAAAUGCGACAGAUUCCAAAUGUUAAUGUCAAGGUCAAUUUCAAUUUUCUAAUAUCUCAGUGUUAUUUUAACCGCCGCAAAAACGAAACAUCAUUUUCCUUUUUUUGGUGGAUUGGACCACUUUCAAUGACCUAUCGCGGACAAACGUUUCUUUUGGUUUUCUGUGAGUUCAUGUAUAUACAAACACAAGAGGACAUUACUAUUGCCGUAUGGAAAAAAAUCUAUAUAAUUUGGUGUUUAAUUCAAAUAUUCGCUAUAUUGCCUAAAAAACGAGCGUUCACCCCCUAGCUUCCAUGUAUAAAUAUGAUGACCAAUUUUUCGUUGAUAGUCUUAUCGUUUCGUUUGAAAGUGACGAUUUGAGUAUACAUACUGUAAGAAAUGCACCAAAAUGGAUUUCAAAUUCAUUCAAUUCUUUUAAUUAUUUUUAGAUCUAUAAGCUAGUAUCAAGUUCUUAUUUAUUCUGUUGUACCCGUUGUAAGUGGUAAGCCUGUGCAUUUUAUUGAAUCCAGAAUUAAAUUGAAUUCUGCAACAACGGUCAAAAAUUGAAAGCUGCUAACUUGAAAAUUUGAAAUUUGGUUAAAAAAAAAAACAAGAAAUUUUGAAAUGUUAAAUUCUGAAUUUAAUUAAAUGCACUUUUACAAGGGGCAUUAGUUAGUUUUGAAGAAAUGAGUUAACACUAUUACUACCGACAUAUCAGAGUAGAUAUUUAAGAAAUGUGACUUUUCCAAACCUUCUAGUGCAUUAAUUUUUCCGAGAACUGAGAGUACUGGUUCUAGAUUGAUUUCGGGCUAUAGAUAACGGAGAAAAAUAUAUUCAAACUGCUGGGUUACCGAUGGUUCAUUCAGGAAAUGCGAUAGACAUAAAUAAAAAACGAACAAUUUGUUUUGAAGUGACAAAAAUGUGUCUAAAAUUGGACUUUUCAAAUGAAUAUUUUAAUAGAACUUGUUGCAGAAUUUGUCUCAAGAUCGCGUUCCUGACUUCUUCAAUAUAUUGAUUAUAUGGUUUUCUUGGGGUGCAUUCAUCUGUUAAUUUGGAUUUGAGAAUUUGUCGGGCAUGAAUUUCUUCCGAGCGUCCAACAAGUUCUUUCUGGUUUUCGCACAUGUUUAUAACUAAUUAACCGGCUGUCUUAGACUAAAAGUAUGAACGUAGAUAACAAAGAGCAAAUGCCUGAUGAAUAAAAUUGUAGUUUGAACCAUUGUGAUCCGACGUAUACUUCACAUUUUGCAACCGCUAAAAUGUUGCCCGUCGAUUGUAUGCACUACAGGGUUAAAUUGGAUUAGAAAACAUCGUUUCUUCGUCAAACUGGGCAUUACAUAAUCUUUUUAUGCACGCAUUUGAUUUCUUUUGAACAAUGUAAAUUAUUCAAUUUAAGCGUAGGACUGACUACCAAACAGGGACUAUAUGGCCCCAAUGUUGCAAAAAAAAAGAAUCAAAAUUUUCUGUAUUAAGAUCGAUUUCUAUUUGAAGAAUAAAAGGUUAAGACGUCUCUGACAAAAUA